UGCUGGGAGUUUGUUUUAGCUACCAUUUUGGCAUAAACACAUCAGUUUCCUAAAAAAUAGAAUAAAUUAGCUUCUGGGUCUGAUUUAAAAUGCUGUGUAGAUAUAUAUGUAGGUGUGUAUGCAUGUAUGAAUGAGUGUUUGUAGGUGUUUCUGUAUGUGGGUAUGCAAGCGCACCGUGUGUUUGAGGAAAGUCCUCUAUGGAUAUUGUGUGAUUGGAAGACACAAGAUGGUGGCUGAUGUAACCCCAAUACUUUUUUAUGGAUCUUCCAUUAUUUGUCUUUCACGUGUUUCAGUGAUCCUAAGCUUGCAUGGUAUUUUUUGACAUUGACAAUAGGAUGUUUGAAAGCUUAGUGCUCACAUUGUUUGUCUGGCACACUGAGGCUAUAGGUUUACAAUAAGUCUAGAUAAUAAAAUUCACAAUUGCUGAGGUGACAGCCUGGGAAGUUUUGAUUGGUUUACGAUAAAAGUGACACUAGUGGUUAUUCAUGUGAAAUGAUAUUGCACUAAACAUUAUCUGCCACCUCCGAUGUUGUAAAAGAAAUUUGAAAAUUUUUUAUGUCGGUAGCACUGUUGAUAGAUUUAUUGUCUAAUUUUAGAUAGGAUGUAUUCUGUGCUUGCAUUUUAGCAUAGUACAUGUUGCCUGUGUUUUUUCAUUGAUGCCCCUGUACAUACAACUAUCCAUAUUAAGUGCAAUAUAAAAAGUCCAGAAGUAAUUUUAUUUAUUUACACAUGUUGUCCCUUAUAAUUUCCUCAAUGGUCUCCACCUCCCAUUAAGUUGAUGCAUGGUUGUUUCCAGGGGAACAUGUUGGGAGUCUAGUGCAUUGUUUCUUGAAGAUGCUCUUAGAAAGCAUAUCCAAUUGCAAACUUAACGAGAAGAUGCUAUGGGAGCCUCUAGCAGUCCAAAGCUUUCUGGAAUGCAGAAGCAAGUACUUAGUCUAUAUAGAGGGUUUUUGAGGGCAGCUCGUUCCAAAUCUGCUGAAGAUCGACAUAAGAUUGAAUCAAUUGUGUCAGGUGAGUUCCGCCGUAAUUCCAAGCAGGUAGAUCGGAAAAAUUUCCUCUACAUUGAGUACUUACUUCGCCGUGGUCAGAAACAGCUAGAUCAACUCAAGAGCCCUGAUACUGUUGGGUUGUCAUCAUUAAAUGUCAGUGUGUCCGAAACCGUAGAUCCUAAGCCUUGAACUAAGACAUUUAUUCAAGUAUUGUUCUGUUUUGAAGCUGAAAUUUGUUUUGUUCAUUAGUUAAAUGGUUAUCUGAUAAAAGAAAUAUGAUAUCCAUAUCCUGCUCCCAAAUUCUUACUAUUAGUAAAUUAAGAUAUGAUACACUGCUUUGACACUUGGGUCA